AUGCGGUUGAAAUUGACAGUGAUUGGCGACGGAACAGUGGGCAAAACUUGUUUAUUGAUAACUUACACCAGAAGAGCAUUCCCCACCGAAUAUGUGCCAACCGUUUUCGAGACGCUCCCCCUGACGAUCAGUGUUGACGGCGAAAGCUAUGAGGUGAACCUAUGGGACACAGCUGGUCAGGAGGAAUACGAAAAACUGCGACUUUUGUGCUACCCGCACACUAACUGUUUCAUAAUGUGCUACUCGGUGCCGAAUCGCAGUUCGUUUGAUAAUAUUCUGACCAAGUGGCAUCCGGAAGUGAAGAAAAUGUGUCCCGGUGUCCCCGUGCUGUUGGUGGCCACGAAAACCGACAUCAGGACAGCUGACAGGGACUCGGUGUCCGCGGCCGAGGGCGAAAAGAUGCGCAAACGCAUCAAAGCCGCCAAAUUCAUCGAAUGUUCUGCGCUGAGUGGAGUCGGACUCGAGGAUGUUUUCCAGGAGGCCGUCAAACUGGCGCUUGGGCGAAAACAGAGUCAUGACUGUGUAUUUAUCUAG